AUGGCUUCCAUUGACGAGAUGGACGAGUUCGUCAACUGGGACAAGGCAGGCGCCUGUGUAGGCACGGAAGCCUUCACUCAAGACGCAACCCUUGCUGGAAUAGACAACGACCUGGAUUCUGAGAACAUUGGCCUCGUCCUUGCCAAUGUGAACGAGGACGACUUCAGCUUCCACGCUUUGCAGCAUUUCUCACAAAACACUAAUCCCCUGGGAGCCACAGUUGGCCUUUCUGAUCUUCCCAUGGACGGCACUCCUCCACUAGCCUUCGCAGAGCAUGUUGCAAACCCGUGUGCCCACUGUGCCCUGGGCGGCUUCUCCUGCAAGAAAAUAAAGGAAGGUCGGUACAAGGGCUACUGUACAAGUUGCGUUGCUCUUCGUGUUGAGUGUAGUUUUGGAGGGGGAAUGUCUGAUGCCAUUGACAUUGACCCGGCGUCGAGCGUCUUCCCAGCCAACCCAUGGCCCAUUAUGGGCGAUCACCCCAAUCCCAUUACCAACCAGGAGUUGUUUGCAGAUAUUGCACAACCGAGCUCGCUUCCCUCCUCAGCCUUGGAUUUCCUCAAUAGGUCUGCUACACCUGCAGACGACAGUGGCAACUCAGCGGCCGCUCGGGGUGGCCCUCCGCCUAAAAUUGGAGCUCGAUUCUCCCGGGAAUCGGUAAGAAUCCUCAAGAAUUGGCUGUCGACUCACAACAGACACCCAUACCCCAGCGACGAGGAGAAAGAAGCUUUGCAACGCCAAACGGGACUGAAUAAGACCCAGAUCACCAACUGGUUGGCAAAUGCACGCCGAAGAGGCAAGGUGCAGCCCCCUCGCUCAACAUCGCCACAUGUAGGCAACUGGGCUGGAUCUAUCGACAUUCCCCAGAGACGGGGCACACCCGCACUGGAAGCCAUGAACCCUCUACAGCGUUGGGAGCAUUCGCCUCCUGAACAUGAACCAGCAUCCGUGACUGCCAUUGCCAGGGCUGUCACGGCGUCAUCUUCGUCAGCGCUGUCUUCUGGCCUCAACAGUCCGUAUAGUUUCAACUACACCGAUGACGGUUCCAGCAGGUCGCUUUGCAAUCAGUCAUCGACGAGCAGUUUGGGCACAUCCCACUCCAGUAACGGGUCUCGGAACUCUGCGUAUUCUCACGGCUCUCGCAACUCUUGGGGCUCAUUUGGUUCUGCUCCAUUCAGUUCCCGCUCACGCCGCAGGAGGCGAAGAAGGGCAACGCCAAAAACAACCAAAGAUGCCGGUGGAAACAGCCUGGCAGCUCCUCUCAAGACCUUCCAGUGUACCUUCUGCACCGAAACUUUCAGAACAAAGCAUGACUGGCAACGGCACGAGAAGUCGCUGCACUUGUCCCUGGAGCGCUGGGUCUGCGCCCCGGAUGGUCCUCGUGCUGUAAACCCAGACACCGGCGUUCUUUCGUGCGUCUUUUGUGGGCUCGAAAACCCGGAUGAUGCACAUGUCGAGGGCCACAAUCACUCUGCAUGCCAAGAGCGAACACUUGAAGAGCGUACCUUUUACAGGAAAGACCACCUUAACCAGCACUUGCGGUUGGUGCACAAUGUCAAGUUUAUGGACUGGGCCAUGAAGCAGUGGAAGGUGGCGACACCCGAGAUUCGAUCUCGGUGCGGUUUCUGCGGCAUCGUGAUGGAUACGUGGACCAUUCGAGUUGACCACUUGGCGGAGCACUUCAAGACUGGGUACUCCAUGGCUGAUUGGAAGGGUGACUGGGGUUUUGAUGUGCCUGUUCUCGACAUGGUCGAAAACUCUAUCCCCCCGUAUCUGAUUCAUCAUGAACGCGUAUCUCCACUACCGUACGUAGCUUCUCACUCCCCGCCUGAGUCGCCGCGCAAUGCCUACGACCUUAUCAAGCUGGAACUGGCCUAUUUCGGCGCCAAUCACUGGGAGCAACAUCAAGGAGCACCGAACGACGACGACAUGCGGUUGGAAGGAUGCCGUAUCAUUUUCGCAUCAGAGUUGUUGUCUUUGCAAGGCAUUGCAACCCAAAACUCGUGGCUUCGUGAUCUUAUCAUGUCCAACGACGGCAUCGCUCAGAAGGCAAGGUUUGGUCCCUUACGUGGUGCCGCUGAAAGCAGGCUGGCAACGUUGAAGAUUAACGGCAAGGACAAUUUAUUCGAAGAAUGUCCCAUGGAGCGGCAGUUACACUCGUUUGUCACUGCAAAGAGGCUCCUGGGGCUAACGGCAAUGGAUGAUGAGCUGCAGGAAGAAGCAUGUAAGAUUGUCGGCAGAGUUGAAGAAGUUUGCACCCACCCAUCCGAGACGAUUGCCAACUGGCUCCUCCGACUAAUUACAUCUUCGACCGAGUGGCUGGUGCCUUUCCGACGUCGGGCCAAUCUGCCACGAACCGAAGAUGUCCAACACGAAACUGUGCGGUCCAAGGAUCCAACCUCGAUUGACUCAACCAUUCACAGCUAUUCUCGUUUGGAAUCUGAAUUGGCGGAAUUCCUCAGGCAGCAGCGGUCACUCGGCCACGAGCCAACCGACGAGGACUUACAACGACAAGCUCGUAUCAUUAUCUACGAGUUCGACGACGGAUGGAACCAAACUGCAGCGGACAAUUUGCAGUGGCUCGAGUCAUUCAAGGCUCGCCAUCCCGAAGGCGGUUCUCCCGCAAAUGCGGCCACCAUCACCACCACAACUGCUGAAUCUGUUCAAGCCGUGACCACCACAGCUAGCACAGGACCGACAUCAUACCACAAGUCCCCCAAGUCCACGGAGCAGUCCCCAAAAAUAUUGGGGCAGAAUGAUUUCCAGCAUUUGCUAUCUCUUGAUGGGCAUAGAAACAUGCCAUUCUUUCUCAAUGAUGCCAAUUGCUAUCGGCGACUGGCAAAGGAAUUGAGGCGCUGGGUUAAAUCAACAAUGUCACUGAACAACCCGAAUAGGCAUACCCCCACUGAUGACGAGUUGCAAUAUCAAGCACGAUGGAUCCUCUAUGACGAUGAUGAUCCUUGGAAUCAGACUGCUGCAGAUAACGCUGAAUGGCUGCAGCGAUUCAAGCGUGACGUUGGCAUUGCCAAGGAGCCCGGACCAGGUUUACCAGCAGGAUACUCGUGGUCCCUAUCUCAAGGUGGCUCAGGCUUUGCCCCUCCAUAUGCCUACCCCAAGGGCAGCCUGGGACCGUUCCUUGAGGACAUCGAGGUUAAUAUGCGAGAUGGAGCCAAGCCAUUCAAGGCUGGGCACGAUGCUGCAAACCACUUCCUGGAGACAUUACUUUCCGAGAAUAGUCGUCCUGCGAAUGUGUUUUGCUCUCGGGAACUGGAAUCGGGACUCGUAGAGUUUGUACAAAAGAAGGUGACAGAUACGGGCCGUCUUCCUACAGAUUCGGCGAUGCAGACUCGAGCAAGGGACAUUCUCAACACAACUGAGACAGCUGCAGAUGAUCCCGUUCUGCUCGAAAAAUUCAAGACUUGGAUGAUGAGCAAGAUGCCCCGUGCUCUUCCUGCUGAUGGCGACAAGACCGACCAACAGCCAUCCUUGUUACCGUCAAACAUGGAUGUGAAUAUUACUGACGCGGAGUUGGGUGAUAUAUUGAACGACAUGGACUUUGACUUUGAUAUCAACAUGUUGCAGACAGAUAUACAAGAGCAAGACGAAGAGUUGGGAGGCGUGAGCCUCUUAAGAGAACCAUCUGUAUAUGAAUAA